CACUAGUAGAAUAUAACCAUUUGUAGAUUGUCUGAAUGUGUAAGUCAAAAUGUAUAUUUGUAUCUGUUUUGUUUCAGUAUUUUAUCUCGGAUUUUGGACCGUGGGAUGACGGAAUAAAGUUCCACAUAAGCCACACUAAAGUCUGUGAAUACAUUUCUUUUGGAGUGAGAGUAUUUAACCGAAACUCCGUCCGUUUAUCGAGGAUAAAGGGCGGCAGCCACAAUAAAAUACAACUGCUGUAGACAUUUACGCUUCGUACGGCAUGAGUGAGCGAGAAACAUCGGUGAGGAUGACGUCGCUGAAAGGGGCAACCAGUGAUGAGGACCUGCAGAGCCAAGUAAGUGGUAGCAGUAGCAGAAGGAGCAGGAGAUCAAGUAGAUCAGCAAAAAGUGAACUUUCUGCCCGUAGAGCCUCACUGGAAGCUAAAAAAGAAAAUGAAAGUAAAAUGCUAAUGUUGCUAAAAGAGGACAAAGAAGCUAAACAAGCCUUUCAUCAAAAUAGGAAGGCUGUUCUUGUACAAAAAAUGAAGACUCUUGAGCUUGAAGAAAAAGAUAUGGAAAAUGUAUAUCUUAGUGAGCAGAAAGUGAUUGCUGCUCAAAAGUCUAUUGUAGCUGCAGACAUCGAAAUCUCAGAACUGGCUAUAUUGGAAGAAUGCUGCGAAGAUGAUAGUGAAACUGAUGAUGAGGUUUCUAUUAAAGGACUGACGCGGGAGAAAAAGAAUGAAAGGAUGGAGCGAUUCUUUGACUCACAAGAGGAAGUCGCAGUGAAAAAUAUAAAACCUGAGCCUCCUGUGAUCAAUACUCCACCAACUAGUAGCCCAGUUGUGCAAGCCGGACGAGAUACAGCUGCAUCAUCGCUGGAAGAUUGCCUGCAACAGCUUUCUCGUUUUGUAGCAGGACAAAACGCAGCUAGUAACCAGCUAGCCGCAUUCAGCCAACUCCCUAAGAUCGACGUACCAAUCUUCUCUGGUGAUCCUCUGCAGUACACGCUGUGGAAAAAUGCAUUUGACUGUACAGUGGAUUCAAAGCCAAUUGGUGAGCAAUACAAAUUGAAUUAUUUGAAUACAUAUGUCAGUGGCAAGGCUAAGGAGAUAGUAGAGCACCAUCUUUUGAUAGGAGGGAGAAAUGCAUACCAAGAGGCUUUGAAGCAGCUAGAGGAGAGAUUUGGUGAUCCCAAUACAAUAAGCGUCUCGUACACAAAGAAACUGACUUCAUGGCCGAAGAUUUCAAGUCGCGAUGCCAGUGGACUGAGGGACUUCGCAGAUUUUCUUCAGAAAGUUGUGGCAGCCAAGAGAAGAGUCCGCAAUUUGGGAAUUCUGGAUUACCCUCAAGAAAACGUAAAGCUAGUGGAGAAGUUACCAGGCUAUUUGGAGGGAAAGUGGCGUGAUGAGAUCGAUAGAUGGCGUUCUCAUAAAGGCCCACAAAGCUUCCCUUCGUUCACAGAAUUUGCGGAGUUUGUUAUGAGAGCUGCAAGCAAGGCAAACAUCCCUGAGAUGGAGCCAUUAGCUAAGGAGUCAAAGCCAAGCUUCCAAACAAAUCAAAGGAGUAUGAAAGCAAGGACCUUUGCUACAAACGGACAAGAUAAUGAACCGAGCAAGCAGUCCAAGGUAUCGCAUAGGCAUGGCCUCUUCUCAAUGUGCCCCUUUUGUGAGAGAGAUCAUCAUAUUGAAGAUUGUGAUCAUUUCGCAAAAAACUCUAUACAGGUGAGAAAGGCUUUCUUCAGGAAGAAAAUGAUAUGUCUUGGGUGUGGAGGAACAGACGAUCACUUUGUCAGAAAUUGUCAGCAGAGAAAGUCAUGCAAACUAUGUGGGAAAAUGCAUCUCACAUGCCUCCACUACGACCAAACCAAACCAGACAAAGCUGAACUGCAGGAAGGAACAUCGAAUUGCACAUCUGUAUGUCUGAUGCCUGACCAGGAUGGGAGGGAUCACAGCAUGAUCGUUCCAGUUUGGGUAAGGCAUGUGGAUCGACCAUCAGAGGAGACGCUAGAAUAUGCCAUUCUUGAUGACCAAUCGAACGUGAGUUUUGUCUCCAAACGCCUCUGCAAGAAGCUAGAUGUUAAAGGGGAGAAAACAAAUCUUCUCCUUACAACAAUGCACCAGACAGGGAAGAUAGAAAGUGAAAGGAUUAAAGGUCUUGAAGUACUGGACUUCAACAAGGAGAAUGUCAUCCAGCUUCCAAUCACUUUGUCCAGGGAUUCGUUACCUGCAUCCCGCUCCCAGAUCCCUAAGCCAGAGGUAGUCAAGCAGUGGGACCAUCUAAACAGCAUAGCAAGUAAAAUGAUGCCAUACAGGAAAGAUGUAGAAGUAUCGUUACUUAUCGGUAAUGAUUGUACAAGAGCAGUUAGACCACGUGAAAUCAUAGCUGGAAAUGAAGAUGACCCAUAUGCCCAGAGAUCAUUGCUUGGAUGGGGAGUAGUUGGGAGAAUGUGUAAAACUCCUGGAGAACUCAAGUCUGCAACUUGUAACAAAAUCUCAGUCAACUCAUACCCCAACUUCAGUUUCCAGACUAAGGUUAAGGAAAUAAUCUGCCCUGAAAAGAUAAUUCAAGCAUUGGAAGCCGACUUCAAAGAGGAGAAGGAAGGUCAUCCACCACUAUCGGUACAAGAUGUGAGGUUUCCUGAUAUCUUGGAGAAGGGAAUAACAAAGAGUCAAAACUGGAAUUAUGAAAUGCCUCUACCCUUCAAGUCAGAUCAUGUCCAAGUGCCUAAUAAUCGUCAUCUUGCUGUAAAGAGAUGGAAUCAACUGAAUACUCCCCAUUCUUCUCACAUGGGGGGAGUAUGGGAAAGGCAGAUUGCUACUGUUCGUCGUGCUCUAGAGCCCCUGCUAAUCAGCUCAGGAAACCAGCUCGACGAUGAGUCUUACAGAACAUUCUUAACAGAGGUUGAAUCAAUAGUCAACUCUAGACCUCUUUCGACGACAAACCUUUGUUCUCCAGAUGCUCCUGAGCCUCUAACACCAAACCAUCUGUUGACUAUGAAACCUAAAAUCGUGCUACCACCUCCUGAAAAGUUCCAAACGGCAGAUUCCUAUUGUCGAAAAUGGUGGAGACGAGUUCAGCAUCUCUCCAAUGAAUUCUGGCUAAGAUGGAGAAAAGAAUUCUUGGCUGAACUCCAAACCAGACAGAAGUGGGUUAAACCAAAGCGAAGCGUCAGGACAGGCGAUGUGGUCAUUGUCAAAGAAGAAGGUGAAUUUCGAGGUAAUUGGCCCCUUGGUCGAGUAGAGAAAGUCCUUACUAGCAAAGAUGGUAACGUACGCAAAGUCCAACUAAUGAUGGCAAACAAGGGUUUAGACAAAGAUGGACGAAGGAAGGGUCAGCCAACUAUCCUUGACAGACCGAUACAUAAGCUGGUGGUCCUAAUUCCUGCUGAAGAAACAUCGCGAGGAAAUGAUGCAAUCGGAAGACCAGAGGAUUCCCGAUCAAGGAGCCAAGAGGAAAAUAAGAAGUGAUGUCUUAUUGUAAAUGUAUUAUUUCUCUUUCUCUGUAUCUAUCAAACUCUUUCCCUAGCAUCCUCAUUCUCUCUCUUCUUAUACUUCUUCUUCCUCAUCUUCUCAUCCUUCACUCUCACUCUCUCUCUCUUUCUUUCUAUCAGCAUUCUCUUUCCCAUUUUCAUCACAUUUAUUAUGUGCAUAGUGAUUUUGGAAUAUUUAAAUUGCUCGAGGUGUAAUUUGUAAUAGCAAGAUCACAGAGUAAUAUUGAUUUUAGAUUGAAAUUAAUUUCAUUGCAUUGGUAUCGUUAACAUGUUUGAAGCUCUAUUUAUUAUGAUUUUUCUAGUCAAUGUAUUUGAUGUGCUUGACAUAUAUAUUGUACUAAGUAGUACAUUGCGACACUUGAAUUUAGUAAUAUUGUGCUAAAGAUGAUCACAUAAUUAUUGUUAAUCAGGUGAUUUCCAUUUGUUUUAGUUUUACAGAUGAUUACACAAUGAAAUUGGAAUAUCAUGAUUCCUAUUUGGGUUGUUGUUCUUACAUUGCUGUUUAUACUGUAGCGAGUAUUUAAUUAUUUGAAUCUAUAAUAAUUUGAAGUAUUAGUAUCCUGAAUCAAUUUAUUUUGAACAGUUUUUGAUAGGUAACUGAUAGCAGGAUCAGUUAAAGGAGCCAUGUCACUGCAGCAGUGUGCAGUGAGUUCUAUGCAAUUUCAAUGAUGUAUAUAUUUUGAUAUUAUGUUUAAAUUCAUAUUCCACUAGGUCUCUCAUUUCGCACUCUAGCAUUUUCUUAAUCUCUUUCUACAUGAAAUUCCAUAGGGCAGGUUAUGUGUUAAAGUAAAGGUGCAGAAAGCUAAUUCUAUGGACAAACAUCGCGUCCACCCUUCAUUGUUAUAAUUUGUAUAGGAAUGGUCAAGUUCAUUGUUUUGUUCUGUGUAGAGUGCUGGGCAGUACCAGCUUCCUUGUAACUUUUAAUUAGACUGUCUAAUGAGCAGUCUGGCUUGACCAGAAGUUCAGAGCCUUUAAAUAGAGAUGCAAAAAGCCAAGAAACUUCAGUUCGUAGUAAAGACAUAGAAGAGAGAACUCCAGUUGACCGUCAAGAUAUUUCUCGUAUUGAUUGCAACCAAGUGUAUAGUCUUAUAGCCUCCAAUUGUAUUUUAUCUCGGAUUUUGGACCGUGGGAUGACGGAAUAAAGUUCCACAUAAGCCACACUAAAGUCUGUGAAUACAUUUCUUUUGGAGUGAGAGUAUUUAACCGAAACUCCGUCCGUUUAUCGAGGAUAAAGGGCGGCAGCCACAACCGUUAUCACAAUAACUCGUGAGUCAUAAA